GUAGACGUGAUCCUCACCCCAAUUGUGACACUUUGUACGGAGUGUCCUUGAACGCACCACUUUUCUGACAGUUCGCUGGUGGGUUCGGGGGACUCGCAGGGCUCGCUAAAGCACGCGAAGAAUGGCGGAUUGGCUUCUUCCACCUGCCAAGGAGCAGAGCUCCUGGCUACUGAGUUGGCUUCCAUCUUGGUGCCCUACUUCCCCCUCUCAGCUUAAAGAUGCAGAAGAGAAAAUGCUGAAAAGUGUAAAGCAGCCUUUUUCCAGACAGCACGUCCACAUCUCCAACGAAAACUACCUGUGGACCAUAGCCUUUUCCAACCACGGCCAUCCAUCCGUCCCGCAGCUCCAAGCCCCGUCGAGACCUCCUCUGGUUUUGCUGCACGGCUUUGGCGGCGGCGUUGCCCUCUGGGCCCAAAACCUGGACUCUCUCUCCAGCAGCGGCCCGGUUUACGCUCUGGACCUGCUGGGCUUUGGCCAAAGCAGCCGCCCUAUGUUCAGCACCGACCCCGAGGGGGCCGAGGACCAAUUUGUGGAAGCCCUGGAGGAGUGGAGGGAGAAGCUGGGCCUGGAGGAAAUGGUGCUGCUGGGACACAACCUCGGAGGAUAUUUGUCUGCCGCCUACACACUCAGACACCCCCAGAGGGUAAAACAUCUGCUCCUGGUGGAGCCGUGGGGGUUCCCUGCCCGCCCUGACAACCCCCACCAUAAUUCCAUCCCAGUGUGGAUCCGAGCCAUGGGGGCUGUGAUGAGCCCCUUCAACCCGCUGGCUGGCCUCAGACUGGCUGGGCCUUUAGGUCCCACGCUGGUACAAACCAUCCGCUCCGACUUCAAACAGAAAUACUCCUCAGUGUUUGACGACAACACCGUGUCAAACUACAUCUACCACCUGAACGCUCAGACUCCCAGCGGCGAGACAGCGUUCAAGAACAUGACGGUUCCUUACGGCUGGGCCAAAAGACCCAUGUUGGAGCGUGUGGGCCAGGUGCAGGGCCACAUCCCUAUUUCCUUCAUCUACGGAUCACGCUCCAGUCUGGACAGCGCUUCUGGCUACGCCUUCAAGAAGAGCAGGCCGCAAGUGGGAAUCACCGUGAUUCGAGGAGCAGGUCAUUAUGUUUUUGCCGACCAGCCUGAAGACUUCAACCAGAGCGUCCUCCGCAUCCUCGCCAGGACCGACACAAAAAGCCCAAGAGAUUCACGUCCGAGGCCCUGAGCAGUUUUAGUUUUUUAUUACUUCAGUUGUUUUAACUAACGCACACGAACUAAACCACAACAACGUAUUCCUCAACAGGAAAGUGUUCCACGCUUCUCUAACAUGCACUUUACUGACCAGCACCUCUGCAGAUACUCCCAGCAGCUGGUGGUGGCAGCAGACAACUGACUGCAAGGCAAUGGGUUCAUUUUUCUUCUUAUCUGCAGCUGGAAAGACAAUUCUGGUCUUGUUUGGGUCCAUCGAGAACGUUCUUGCGGAUACCAGGGGAAAAGUAAAUAGGACAAAGGGCUCAUGGGUUUGUUACGGUCCUCUGCCAGCAGGGGGCAGCACAGCACACCUUGGUCUGCAUUAAAGGCCUACUGAAAUUAGAUGUUCUUAUUUAAACGGGGAUAGCAGGUCCAUUCUAUGUGUCAUACUGGAUCAUUUUGCCAUAUUUUUGCUGAAAGGAUUUAGUAGAGAACAUUGACGAUAAAGUUUGCAACUUUUGGUGCUGAUAAAAAAACAUUGCCUGUACCGGAAGUAGCAGACAAUAUGCGCGUGACAUCACGGGUUGUGGAACUGCUCACAUCUGAACAUUGUUUAAAAUCAUGGCCACCAGCAGUGAGAGCGAUUCGGACCGAAAAAGCGACGAUUUCCCCAUUAAUUUGAGCGAGGAUAAAAUAUUUGUGGAUGAGGAAAGUGAGAGUGAAGGACUAGAAAAAAAAAGACUAUACAGUGCAAACGAUUCAGAUGUUAUUAGACACAUUUACCAGGAUAAUUCUGGAAAAUCCCUUAUCUGCUUAUUGUGUUACCAGUGUUUUAGUGAGAUUAUAUGGUCGUACCUGUACAUCCUGAAGGUCGGCCCCGCACCUUUCUUCAGCACCAGUCGACGGGUGGUGGCGAUGCCCAUGUCUGCCCUUCGCAAGUGACCCUCUUCGAAACACGAUCUUUCGAAAUAAUCGCUGCACAAUACACUGUACUUUGUGUGUGUGGUCCAAUCCAACCGUGUCCGCUUGACCGCUCUGUUCCAUAGUAAAGCUUCACCGUCAUCUUUCGGGAAUGUAAACAAUGGAACACCGGCUGUGUUUAUGUUGCUAAAGUCGGCCGCAAUACACCGCUUCCCACCUACAGCUUUCUUCUUUGACGUCUCCAUUAUUCAUUGAACAAAUUGCAAAAUAUUCAGCAACACAGAGUCCAUAAUACUGUGGAAUUAUGCGAUGGAAACAGACGACUUAUAGCUGUGAACGGUGCUGGAACAAAUGUCCUCUACAAUACGUGACGUCACGCGCACGCGUCAUCAUACCGCGACGUUUUAGCAGGAUACUUCCGCGCGAAAUUUAAAAAUUGUAAUUUAGUAAACUAAAGCGGCCGUAUUGGCAUGUGUUGCAAUGUUAAUAUUUCAUCAUUGAUAUAUAAACUAUCAGACUGCGUGGUCGCUAGUAGUGGCUUUCAGUAGGUCUUUAAAGCUGAGAUGAAGCCGACCCAAGAAGAGAGAAAAGGGUGAGAGCUAAAAAUCCACCUUCUCUGCAAGAGUCGGGACUAAAAAUCCACUUCCUCUGCAGCAGACUUUUAACACGCUGGAGACACAAAAUGUCCUCUCAUAACAACAAAAAAUGGUUUAUUAAAUGUACAGACAUUG